GGCAUCUGAGUUGUCUGAACGCUUGUACGCCGACAAAACAUCAUUCUGUCUUUGUCUACUUUAUAUUCCCAGGUAACACGCAUCAGAAUGGGGAAGAAGCAUAAAAAGCAUCACAAAUCGGAGCGACGACAGCGUGAAGUGGAACCAGAAGAAGUGGCUGAGCCACCCUCUUUGAAGAUUGUGUUGAAGAAGUCGAAGAUAGAAGUGCUUGAAUCGGACAGUGAUAUGUACAACCAGAGUCCUGCCAGGGAGACCAGCAGCAGUGGUAAAAAACAUAAACACAAGAAAAAGAAGAAGAAAAAAUCCAGUGACAGAGAUAAGAGUCGCCAUAGAGAUGAGGGGAAAUCAAGAAAACGCCAUAGAGAAGAAACUGAGGAAGAGUUAGAAGUUUCACAGGAAGAGGAGGUGCCAGUUAUAAAGCGACAAGUUUUGGAAGACGUUGAGCUAGGAGGAACAGCUGGAGAGGAGUCUGAAGCAGCAGAGGAGAAGUCUGACAGGGGAAGUGCUACCCCGACAUCACAGGGCGCGGCGGAUCAUGGUGUACUGCGGAUCUGUCUGAAGCAUAUACAUAGCAACCUUCAGAGGAAAGAUGCCAAUGGUUUUUUCGCCAACCCUGUCAAUGACAUGAUUGCCCCAGGGUACUCACUCAUCAUUCUUAAUCCCAUGGAUUUCAGUACAAUGUUGGCCAAGAUCAAUACAUUUAAAUAUAGGAACGUUAUGGAGUACAAGAAAGAUUUUGUGCUCAUGUGUAAUAAUGCCAUGACAUAUAAUAGACCAGAGACAAUUUACUACAAGGAAGCAAAGAAACUUCUUCACAUCGGAAUCAAAAUGAUGUGUAAGGAAAAGUUGUUGUUUAUGAAGAGGACCGUUCCUUUCCUGGCUAGUUUACGUAAUGAAGAACUAGGAAUUGAUGAGCCAGACGAGACGAGGGAGGUAAUAGAGGCUAUUCAGGAAGAGGAACGGCAGGAGAAGAAGAGGCUGAAGGCCCGUGAAGGAAUUGGGAGAUACGAGGCUCUACCUGAUAACAUGACACCGGAGGAAAUCCUUGCGCAGGCCAAGGCGGCUGCUAAAGAUGCAGCAGACAUGUUAACAUUACGUAAACCUGACAGUAAAUUUGGAUUCUUACGACAGAGAGAUGAUGGCAGUACCUCGCUAAAUAUAAUGAAUCCUGAAAAUGAUGGAACAGUAAGCGAGACGGAGCGUGUGGUCAACCUUGGAUCCCUUAUUGGGAAGUUGACAUCUGGGACAGGAUCACUAUCCAGCUAUAAAGAAGACAAACGCAACAAAGUCACCCCUAUUACCUAUUUGAACUACGGGCCGUUCAGUAGCUACGCACCCCAGUAUGAUUCCACAUUCUCUAACAUCUCUAAGGAAGAAUCGGAUCUUCUAUUGUCUACAUACGGAGACGAAACUGGGGUCCAGUAUGCCAGAAGUAUCAUGAAUUUUACGGGGAAUUCCGGAGAUUAUGCCGUAGCUAUGGUUGAUAAUCUACUAGACAUCCUCACUAAAGGGGAACACAGCAAAACUCAGAAACUCCUGGAAGAGCAGAAGUCCCAGCAGGAAAUCCCUACCCAGGAAAAUGGUUCUGAACAACCAACUUCUGCUGACAUGUCUUCGCUUCGGAGCCUCAGUCAGUUGGGGGUGGAUGUCUCAUUCCUCGACCAUUAUGAAAGUGAACCCAAAAAGGACCCUGUUCAGGAGAAGUUAGACCAGACAGCCAGUCUUCUAAACGACCUCCAGCAGACCCAGAAUGAACGCCUCAGCAGCAGGCUUCCUCCACACCUGUCACUUUUACCUGGGCCGUCUGAGAAAGAAAUCCAACUAGCCCAAAAAGUAACAAAAGAAUUGAAGGAAUUGGCAAAAUCGGCAAACCCAAGAGGUGUUGUAAGUGCCCAAGGUGUUCGUUCAGCCAUGGGGGUCAACUACCCACUCACUGGGGACACAAACUUAAUGGGACCAAUGCCUGUCGUUCAAACAGAGAUGAGCAAACUGCCAAGUGAUGGACUUACAGAUGAUAAUCAGAUCAUCCUAGAUGAUCAAGACGGAAGUCAGUGCAAUAUCAAUGAUAAUGACUCAGAAGAUUUAGACAUCAGUGAAUUUUUAAAACUUCCAGCCCAUCUGACCUCCAGUUUGGCUAACAGUAGUGACAAUGUGCUCAGCACAUAGUUGGUGCUAGAUUAAGAUAUAAUUCUAUAUUGAUAUGUAAUAUUUAAAUUUUGUACAAAAAUAUGUAUUGUCUAUAUUAUAUGUUUUCUUAAUAGAUCUGUUUCGUCUCUUAUUAAAUCAAACAUGUGGUAAAAAUCAGAAAAAACGUUUUUG